AUGAACACACGCGCCAACCACUCCGCAACUCCAGACCCCGAAGCAGAGCAACUAGACACCGAAAUCGCCUCCAUUCGCGCGCAGAUCCGAAAUCUCCAACGCCGCAAAAGAUUCCUCUCAUCAAGUCUUCUUGCUUCCCCAAACGUCCAAUCCUUCCUCCGCAAACCCCCAACAAGCCUCCAAGAUGAUCUUUCCCCAUUAGCCCAAGCAGCCGGGAAACACUCCACAACAAAUCACUACCGAAUCGCAUUUGGCACGACCGCAUUCCCCUUCAAGGAUCCUUCUCCUACAGCUCCAGCCGGGAAUCUUCUGGGCGUGCGCAUUGACGUAAGCACGCGCAAUGGUCGAUUCGCGAAGCCCUACUAUAUCCUCCUACAGCGUGAACGCGUUCGGGGUGAAAAGGAGAUGAAAUUACGAGUUCACAGACACACCGUUCCGGCAUUUAUUUCCAUGUCCAAGUUAGAGGAUGUUUAUCUUCCAGGAAAUAAGAAAGUAUCCUCUGCGAAUGAGGAGAGUGAAGGGAGUGACGAGGAGGAAGAGAUGAGGAAAGCGAAGGCGAAAAGGAAUACUCGGAAACAGGAUCUACGAGGCUUUGUUCGUGAACUACGACGUGAGCUUGUGGCUUGGCAUUUACGAUGCGAUGUGGUCGAAAUGCUGCGUGAGCAAUUGGGAUUAAGUGAUGAUGCGGAAUCGAAUUCUGUGGAUCGCUUAUCCCCGGAAAGCAAGGCGGGUAUUGUAUCGCUGGAUUCGACGUCUAUUGAGACGCGGUAUGUGCGGUUGGAAUGGGAGGAUGGGCGUGUUGGACGGUUUAAGCUGUCUAAUACGGGACUUGUGGAACGGGCGGUUGUUAUUGGGGAUCUUGGUCGAGAUAAGGCCAUUGAGGAUGCGAUGAUUGGAGGUGGUGCGAGGAUUGAGACUCUUUUGGAGAGACUGAAGGAGCAUACUCCUUGA